GAGGGAGAGAGAGGUGCAAGAUAAGAGUGGUGCACAAAAAAUAAAAACUGGAAUAAUCCUCGUCAGCCAAACUCGAAAAGAAAGUUGUAAUCUUCUGUUUUCUCUGGUGUGCUCUUUUCAGUUCAGCUGUGCUCUACAAGAGGAGUUGCUCAGAGGUCUUGAAGAAAUCUGAGCUACACAAAUGAUGGUUUAAGAAGAAGGUUUUGCAUGGCGAGUCAUAGAUUUGGAGAAAAUGGUCUGUCUGCAGAUUCUGGAUCUUCAAACUACCCUACCUUUCAUGGCAUCAGCCAUCCCGUCACCAAUUACAUUAAUCAACAGGAAUCUGCUUUUGAUUUGGGAGAGUUGGAAGAGGCAAUUGUGCUCCAAGGAGUUAAGAGCAGAAACGAUGAAGCCAAAAGAACUUUUUUACCAGCCAGGCCAGCUGCUACUCUGGAAAUGUUCCCCUCGUGGCCAAUGAGAUUCCAGCAAACUCCAAGAGGUAGUUCGAGAUCAGGAGAGAGUACUGAUUCAGGGUCUGCUCAGAAUACUUUUUCCUUCCAAACCGAUUCUCAGUUGGAGCCUGAAUCUCCCCUCAGUGAAAAGGCAUCAAAUCAGGCCAUUGACCAGAAACCGCUGCAGCAACAUCACCAAAUAGAGAUGGCAAAUGACACUUCAAAAACAGGGGCAUCACCAAUUCAACAAGCCAAACCAUCAGAAAAGAGAAGGGGUGCUGGUUCGGCUUCAGAGAAAACACUCGAUGCAAAGACUCUAAGACGUUUGGCACAGAAUAGAGAGGCAGCAAGGAAGAGUCGACUUAGGAAGAAGGCUUAUGUACAGCAGCUAGAGACUAGUAGAAUAAAGCUUACUCAGUUAGAGCAGGAGCUUCAACGAGCGAGAUCUCAGGGUCUCUUCUUAUCAGGAGCCGGUGGUGCAGCAGGUGGGAGUGGGACUAUCAUCAGCUCAGGAGCUGCGAUGUUCGACAUGGAGUACGCGAGAUGGUUAGAGGACGAUCAGAGGCACAUGUCGGAGCUCCGGACAGCUCUCCAGGCACGUCUGUCGGACGGCGACCUCCGAAUAAUAUUAGACGGGUAUCUCGCACACUACGACGAAAUCUUCCGGCUGAAGGGGAUCGCCGCAAAAUCCGACGUCUUUCACCUUGUCACCGGAAUGUGGGCAACUCCGGCCGAACGCUGUUUCCUCUGGAUGGGUGGAUUUCGGCCGUCUGAACUCAUCAAGAUACUAUUGCCCCAGUUAGACACAUUGACGGAGCAGCAAUUCAUGGGCAUAUGCAGCCUCCAGCAAUCCUCGCAGCAGGCGGAGGAGGCUCUCUCUCAAGGUCUAGAGCAGCUCCAGCAGUCUCUCGCCGACACCGUCGCCAGCGGGUCGCUUAGCGAGGGGACCCACGUCGGGAACUACAUGGAUCAGAUGGCCAUGGCACUGAGCAAGCUAUCCAACCUCGAAGGCUUCGUUCGACAGGCUGAUAAUUUGAGACAGCAAACUCUUCAUCAAAUGCGACGGAUAUUAACCAUUCGACAAGCGGCACGAUGUUUUCUGGCCAUUGGGGAGUAUUACGUCCGAUUAAGAGCUCUCAGUUCCCUGUGGACAUCUCGGCCUCGAGAGAACUGGAUCAGCGACGACAAUUCAAGCCAGACAACAAUGGAGAUACAAAUGGUUCCGCCCUGCCAUAACCCUUUUUCAACCUUCUGAUUGAAUUCUAGAGUUUACGAGAAAGACAAUUGCGGCAAGUCUCCUGUUUGCUGCUCCCUAGCCAUUGAAGAAGAGCUUCUUCUUUUUCUUUUCUCUUUACUUCUUUCCUUGUAAUGGUUUCAUAUCAAUAUGCUGUUACAGAAAUGUAUAUCAAUUUCAUGCGCCUUCAGCUUCUAAUUAAUCACAGAAGGCAGGGUUUAAAAUAUUGAUAUGCACAAUACCAAAGAUCAAAAGUAUUGAAAAUUAUCUGUGCAUAGUCUACCAUAUGUAUUGGUUCUCAAACCCAUCAAUACACUAAGGCCAUG